AGCCUCAGCCUCAGUAAGCCAAUGAGAAACCUAAGGCUUGUCCACGAGGUAGAAAUACCCUGGAUCUGGUGCAGAUAAAAGCAUGUCAAGAAGGGUAGAUGUUGCUACUGACCUCUUCAUUUUCAGCAAAAGAAUCUGGCACUGGAGACUGACAAGAGAACAGAACAGUGAGACAAGAGAGUGGACAAAAAGCCAAAGCAGCCUUUCUAGGCUUUCUGGUCCAGGACUGGUGUGUGACUGAAAUUGUCUGCACCAUGAAGAGCAUCAUUGUCACAAUCCUCAUCUGGACCACAGCAGCACAUGCUGAAACAGACAAGCUUCUCGGAGAGAUCAGUCAGACUGGCUUUCGAAAGUGCCAGAAUGCUUUAAACAUACCAGCUUUGGAAGUGCUACCUGGAGGUGGCUGGGAUAACCUGAGAAACAUAGACAUGGGGCGGGUAAUGGAGUUGACGUACACCAACUGUAAGACCACAGAAGAUGGACAGUACAUCAUCCCCGAUGAAGUCUUUACUAUUCCUCAGAAAGAGAGCAACCUGGAGAUGAACUCAGAAAUCCUGGAUUCCUGGGUGAAUUACCGCAGCACCACCUCAGCUUCCAUCAACAUGGGACUCGAUUCUCCUUUCAAAAUCAACGGCAAGUUCUCUACUGAGUUCCAAAGGAUGAAGACCCUUCAAGUGAGGGAUCAUGCUGUAACUGCAAGAGUUCAGGUGAGAAACCUGGUCUACACAGUGAAAAACAAUCCAAAUUCAGAGCUCAGCUUGGGGUUUAAGAGGGAGCUCAUGGAAAUCUGUGACCACCUAGAGAAAAACCAAACGAAGAUGGCCACCUACCUGGCAGAACUGUUGGUCCUCAACUAUGGCACACAUGUAAUCACUAGUGUGGAUGCUGGGGCUGCACUGGUUCAGGAGGAUCACAUAAAGUCCUCCUUCCUUAAGAACAGUGAGGGAAAUCAGGCCGCUGCGAGUGUAUCUGCUGGAAUUACCUUCAAAAAGAUGGUGAACUUCAAGCCUGAGGCAGACGUUGGCUAUCAGAAUGGGUUGACCAUAGGCUACCUUGCUAACAGAACCAACUCCAGGAUGCAGAGCAUCGGAGGGAUUCCAUACUACCCAGGCAUCACCUUAGAAAUCUGGCAGAAGGGCAUCACUAACCACCUGGUGGCAGUAGACCGUGCUGGCUUGCCUCUGCAUUUCUUCAUCAAGCCUGACAAGCUGCCUGGUUUUCCACAACACUUGGUGGAGAAGCUAUCUAAGACAGUGGAAACUGCUGCCAGAAACUACUACGCCUUUAACACAUACCCAGGCUGCACAAAUGUCGAUUCCCCCAACUUCAAUUUUCAAGCCAAUACAGAUGAUGGCUCUUGUGAUGGUAAGGUAGCCAAUUCCCCCUUUGGAGGCGUUUAUCAGGUGUGUUCUCAACUCACAUGGUAUGGUGAACUCUGCCCAAAAUUGGAGCAGAAGAAUCCACUCACUGGUGAUUUCUCCUGUCCCUCUGGCUACACCCCUGUCCAUUUGCUGACUCAGAUCUACGAGGAGGUUUUUAAGCACAGGGUAUGUAAAAAGAAGUGCACCCUCAAGAUCUUCUGCAAGACAGUAUGUGAAGAUGUCUUCCCACUGACCAGGGCUGAAUUCAAGGCUUAUUGGUGUGCAGCCACUGGCCAAGUACCUAAAAACUCAGGACUUCUCUUUGGGGGAGUCUUCACUGACAAGAGCAUCAACCCCAUGACAAAUGAACAAUCAUGCCCAACCAGCUACCUUUCACUGAGCUUGUUGGAGAACCUCAAGGUAUGUGUUUCUAUGGAUCAUGAGUUGGGGCACAAGUUUUCAAUCCCCUUUGGUGGGUUUUUCAGCUGUACAACGGGGAACCCCUUGGUUGAUUCUUCAACAUCCAAAGACUUAGGGGAAGAAUCAUUUCCACAAAAGUGUCCUGGGGGCUUCAGCCAACAGCUAGGUGUUAUCAGAGAUGGAUGCCAAGUGUCCUACUGUGUCAAGGCUGGGGUCUUUACAAAAGCAUCCCUGGCCCCUGUUAGGCUACCACCUUACACUCAACUACCCGUGAUGAGUCAGUCUGAUGCCAGCUCCGUUGGAGGGGCAAGGAGUGAGAGUGCCACAUCCUGGAUUAAGGACUCCUCCACCCAGGAGUGGAGGCUGGAGGAGCCAUCAAAAGGCAUAUCAGCAGGAGCCACUGCUGGAAUCACAGUUGGGGUGAUCCUAGCAUUAGGGAUUUUAAUUGCCUUGGCCAUCUAUGGCAACCGGAGGCUUAAGAAGAAUGAACACAAAGGAAUUGCAAGAGCUAGAGCCACCCCUGAUGGAGUGUAAGGAUCCACAUUCAGCUUAAUUCUUUCCUAAGAAACCGUUUCUCUCAUCUCCAAGCAUGGGUUCAAGCGUCUCUUUCACUCCUUUCUCCUCCAUGUCUGGCCUCCUAAGAAGUACAGCGACAGCUGCAACCAAAGGAAAGUUUUAUAACUUUGUGACUGUGUCCAUGUCUCUGCAUUGGGAAUUAAAGACUCUAUGCCAACAAGGUAGAGGAAGGAAGACUUGUAACUAAUUCAGCAAAAACCAGCCCUGGUUCUCAGUGGUAAUGGGAGGUGCUCAUUCCCAAACAAGCCACAGGUUGCCUUCAUCUGAAUCUCUGUGUGAAAAGAGAUGGGCUGGGAGCAACAAGAGAUUUGGGAUGAAACUGCAUUUGGUCUGAAGUUGGCAGAAGUUUCUGACUUAUGUGCUGGAAGACUUUGCCUUCCCUGUAUCUUGUUCUGGGUUUUAUGCUCCUAGAAGCAGUCAGAACUCUGAAAAGACAGAGACAGUUCCAGUGCUGUGGAGCCUCCUGAACUCUGAAUUGAUGACUUUGUCAAGCCCCCGUGCACCUGGAAGGAUUUCGGGCUCAUAGCAAGUCCACCUUCUAUGUCUGCCCCACAGUUAGGAUUUAUUUUGCCCAGACCGCUUUCAGACUUCUGAGUAGUGUCAACAAGUCUUCAGAAAAUAUUUUAACUUACAAACUUCUCACAGGAGGUAAAAGCAAAAGGGUGGUGGGAAACUGGAAAUAAAUACAAAAAUGUAAAAACUGAAGAGGACUCCAAUGUUCUAGGAACUGGCUGAUUUCUUCUAGCCAACUGAUGUCUACCUUAUCAUAAAUUAGACAUUGAAAGGGACUGCUGUUUAGAUAGGUCAAUUAUUAUGGUUUAAUGGUUUGACCUUCUAUGUUACCAAAAUUAUAACCCUUUCUUCUUCUGUGAAUGACAUUCACCCUUCAUGCCUUCUCAUCACAAGUGUGGGAACAAAUACAAAGACACAUGCAUAGAUACACCCCAUAUUCCAACAAGUCUAUUUUCCUAGGGGUGAAAAAUGCAAAAGUCAAAAUAAGCCCCCAUUUAAGUAUUAAUUACUCCCCAAAAUUAAAAUUAAAAACAAGAAACAUUAUGCCAUGUCCUUUUAGUUUUGGCAUGCUUUCAUUUUUAGAAACAGGGCUGAUGUGAUAAAAGGUUUAUGUCAUUAAGUUAACUGGAAAAGGCAACCAGUACCACCUGUGACAUUUAUUUCAAUUGCAGGAUGACUUGUUGGGGCAUCUGAUAGGGUGCACAAUUGACACCUGGCAAUAGUUGGGGUUUUGCUCAAUUUUAAUAUCUGAUUUAAUUCUCACAACACAGAAAUUCCUCCACAGCUGCUCUAGAAAUUAUGUAUCUGUUCACCACAGCACAAAGAUAAUAUGUUCUCUCCUUAAUGUUUACAACCAAGGACUUGUGCACACAGUAGGCCCUUCUCAAGAGCUCCAAGUUUCUGUCUGUGGGAAUGUGGGAAAAAUUACUCAUUUCCAGCUGAGAUACAGAGAGGAGUGAAUGGCUGAAUUUGAACUCUGCCCUCCCAAGUGGGCUGAUUCCAUAACUUCUUCACCAAACCUGCCCCUUUCAGUAUUAAAAUGUUCAGUAUUAAAACUUUUCCCUCCAUGCUUUGUGGGUUCUGAGUGAGUUUUACAUGUUUCAGUCAAGCUAAUAAUUUUUCUUAAAGUACUGGCUUUCUUCUGUAAAUUCUUUUAAGGAUUACUGAAUCUGCAAAGCAUAGUAGGAGAUUCCUAGACAUUUAAUGUACAAACUUCCCAUUGAGACAAAAGUAUUUCACUAACAUAUUUCUACUAACAAAAAUGUAUGUAAAUAUUCAUUAAAAUGUGCACCUAGUAACAUUC